AGCCAAAAAGUAGCGUUGCUUUGUGUAUUUCUGUGGAAGGGUGAUAGGCGUUCGGGGUCUUCGAGUUUGUGUUUGGUGUAUUGCUAGAUAAAUCCAGAUGCAUUGACUGGUAGACAUGCUUAGUUUGAAGGCUAAACUUGUCAUUUUUAUUUAUGAACUGUACAGUAGAAGGUAGUGCGGUUCAACUGUACGAAACGUUACAGUUAGCCACUGAUCCCUUGCAUCCUUUGCGGAUCAGGAUUGGCAGUGGAGUUCAAAAAGUAAAUAAAUUGAGGCUCACCACACACCAGCAUGGUGAGGAGCGCGGCCGCUCCUAGCGCCGGACGCGGCUCCCGGGGACGAGGCUCGCGCGGCGCCCGCAGCUCUGUCUCCCUGGACUCCACCUCGCCGCCUCGACGGGGCCGACCGCGGCGCGUCCAGCCAGCUGAGGAUACCCCCGAGACGCCGGUCAACGUAUCAGGAGCAUCGUCUCCCGAUACAGCUCGACGGGGCAGAGUGCGGCGCGUCCAGCCGACUGAGGAUACCUCCGAGACACCGGACAGCGUCCCGCUCCCCGAAACAGCUCGACGGGGCAGACCGCGGCGCAGUGAGUCGGCUGACGGUGCUCCAGAGACACCAGACACCCUGCCGGAACCAACGUCCACCGACGCGGGGCGCCGCGUCUCACGGCGCCAGAGGACGCCCAACAAGCGUUUGAUGCCAAUCACUAACGGUCGCGUGGAGUCAACGCCCUCUCCGGCUGCGGCGGCGCCGUCGGAACCGGCGCCCCCUCCGCCGCCGCCGCCGCCGCCGCCGGCGCCUCCCGCUACCACACGCGUGUCGACGCGGGGCGGUCGGCGCACCCGCGGCGCCCCCGCGACCGAUCGCGUCAGCCGGGGGCGGCGCAGGUCCGAGCCGCCGCCGGAGUCAGCCGACCAGGAGCCAGCAGACCCUGAUGUGAACGGUCUGCCGGUCGCCGACUCCAAGGACAAGCUGCAGCACCCCCACUCUCUGUCGCUCUGCACAGUGCGGCUGACCCGCACGGAACUGCCGCUGCCGGCGGCCGUCGCGUCAGACCCGGAGAGUUCCGACAUGUCUGCGCCGUCCAGCGUCGGCCCGGUGUCGGAGGAGAACAGUCUGAUGUCGGACAGCGUGUCGAUGGAUGUGACGGACCGGGGCGCCGCGCCACCCGGCAGUCAGGCGGCCGAGCGAGUGACCGAUGGAGCUCACUCAGAGAGUGAGACAUCGAGCCAGCAACCGCCAUCGUCAGAACCCGACGCCGAGCUAGACGAGCAGCGAGACGGACGGAAAGUGGGUGACGAAGGUGCUGUCGUAGACGUUGAACACGGUGAUGAUCAGGGGAACAACAGGGAGGAUGAGCGGAGAGCGGAACGUCCUGGCAGCCGCGCCGACAGCAGAGCCAGCUCUCCUGAUUCGCUCGUUCAGUUUCGUGAUCCUCACGCGCCCGGACAGUCGCUCGGUGACUCAAUGGAUUUGGACAGCACUCUGGAAGAUAAUGAUAUGAGUUGUGCUAGUGCGUCGGAGCAACGAAAUGCAAAAGGAGAGACAGAGAAGAAUGAUUCUACCGUGUCGCACGUCUCCGCGGCGCCUCCGGGCUCACCGAGUAGUGUUUUAGAAGACCGACAGGAGCCAAUGGACUUCGAAGCGUCGCCAAAUCAAGCCGAAGGAACAAACGAUCAUGAGAUGCCGGCGGCGGAGUCGCCUCCUGAUAAACUAGAGGUAGUCGACCGUGCAACUCCGAUUAUUGGUGCUGUGAACGGUGGAAUUGCGCGUGUGGACGCGAUGGACUCGCUGAGUCCGUCACGGAGUCCAGUGAUUGAUGUGAUGAACUCUAGCAGUCCGGCGGUGGACGUUGUGGACUCGCAGAGUCCCGUCGUGGAUGUUCAGGACUCGUCCAGUCCCGCUGUGGAUGUAAUGAACUCGCAAAGUCCGACUCCAGUGGUUCCGCCGAACCCGGUUGUGAAUGUAGUCAACCAUCAAAGUCCCGAGGAGCACGACUCGCAUAAUUCAACAGUCGACCUUGUGGACUCCAGGAGUCCUGCUGUGGAGGUGGUGGACUCGCGGAGUCCGUCGUUGGACGUUCAGAACUCGCGUAGUCCGGCUAUUGAUGUGCUGGAUUAUCGAAGUCCGGCAGCUGAGACGCAGGACUCGCACAGUCUCGUAGCUGAUGCGCUGGAUCGGGCGCUGGACUCUCGAAGUCCGGCAGUGGAUGCACUGGACUCUCGCAGUACGGCUGCGGACGCUCUGGACUCUCGGAGUCCGGCAGUGGAUGUGCUGGACCGGGCGCUGGAUUCUCGCAGCCCGGCUUUGGAUGCACUGGACUCUCGGAGUCCGGCUGUGGAUGCGCCGGACUCCCGGAGUCCGCUGCCGUCGCCAGUGCCGCCGCCGGAUGUCGACGAGAACGCGUGUAGCCUGCCGCCGAUGGUGUCCAAGGCGUCUGACUCGGAGGACAGUCGGCCGCCGGCGCCGCUGGCAACUCUGGCGGCCCGGCCUGACGCCGACACGGACACCCCGGAGCCCAUGGAGGCGUCUGCAGGUCCUGAGAACGUGGUCAGCUCCGUUCCUGGCGGGACCUCGCCGGUGAGAGAAAUGUCACCGGUAGGUGUCGCUGCGAGCGCCGAGCGCGCGCCUCCGCCACCUCCAGCAGAAGCGAUAUCCUUAUCGUCGCCAUCUCCUGUCGAGCAGACUCCCAUGCCGUCCCCGCCGGUGGACCUGGGGAGCGCGCCGUCACCGAUGGCGGAAGUGACGCCAAUGCCUUCGCCGCCAGUUGAGUUAGACCGACCGACAUCAUCGUCUCCGACAGUGGAUGUGACGUCACCACCGUCGCCUCCGACGGCUGAAGUCACGCCGAUGCCGUCACCACCGAUUGACGUCGGUCAGAUACCGUCGCCGCCACCGAAGGAGAUGGCGUCGUCGCCUUCGGUGGAUGUUCGUAGUGAAACUUCACCUCAGCACGGUGAGGAGCCCAGUUUGUCUUCCGUGAACGCACCGUCCCCAGCUCACGAGAGUGAGGAUGUUGUGUCUCAAUCGUCUCUCCCGGAGAAACGCUCUUCUCCGCUUCCGCCUUCUUCAGUUGCUGAUCAUCCGACGGCGUCUUCAGACCUCUCAAUGGAUACAGAUCGCCCGCCUUCUUCUCCGCGGAAGGAGGAUGUCACUGUUGUAACGAUGGAAGAACCUGAACCACCCCCAGUGCCGACUGAUGGGAUUACUGUCUCUUCAAUACCGCCUGACCGUCGAAACACUUCUUCACCAUUGCGACAAGAAAUUUCCUCCCCGGAGCCGCCGGCCAAGGAUGCAACGGCUUCCUCUCCAUCCUGUUCACCACAGCCGCCGCCGCCAGACGAUCCUUCGUCCCGUAAUCUGGUAGUCUCAGACGACCUCCCACCACUGCCAGAUACUCCGUCUUCCCAUCCUCUGUCAGUCUCUAAUGACCAUCCACCGGCUCCAGAAGCUCCGUCAACGGAGGUCUCCUCUCCGCCGCCGCCGCCGCCGCCGGCUGAAGACGCGGCCACCGUGGAGGGCAAGCCAGCGACGCCGGCUGAAGAGCCUCCCUCCGUGGAGGGCGAGCCAGCGCCGCCGGCUGAAGAGCCUCCCUCGGUGGAGGACGAGCCGGCCCCGUCUCCAAUGUCGGAGGACGGCGCCCGCAGUCCCCUGAUCGCCUACUCUGACGACGACGACGACCUGUCAGAGUUCUGGCCGCUGCCGCCGAGCCUGGGCCGACCCGUGAAGCCGCCCUCCAUCGAAGGCGAGUCUGGCUCUGCUGAGAGCGACGCCGUCACGCCGACACCGACGGAGGAUGCCGAUAGACCGCCGUCGGGGGGUCGCCGACUGUCGUCAGGGUCUCUGGAUGAUAUCCCGCGGCCGUCGUCACCGCUGGACGUGCGCGAGAAGGGUUCAACGUCGCCGACGGCGCUGAAUAAGAAACUGAAGUCGCUGGAGGUGAGCGACUCGUCGGCGAAGCGCCGCGGUGGCUCGACUAGGCGCGGAUCUAUUGGGGAUACCGGUCUGUAUCAGGGUGAUGUCGAGAUGCGCACCGUGUCGAAAAGUGACGCAGAGCGGGCGGCGGCCGUGUGUGAUAUCCCGCUGCCUGGGGAUUCGGUCGCGCCGCCGCUGCCCUCCGCACCGACGGAUAUGGAGAUAUCGACCCCGGACGGCUCGGAAGAUGAGGGUACCGGACGCGAGCCGGGGACUCGCGCGCCCGCGCAGAGUGAAGGUGAACCCGCCGCGCGUCGUAACUGCUCAGUGGAGAGCGGCGACCGCGCGUCGCCGUUCAUGGGUAUGUUUGACGAGGACGAGGGGCCACCGGCGGAGGCCCAGUCAGGUGGUGAGGUAGCCGACGGCGCCAGCCCGCACCGGCGCGGCUCGACAGACGAGACGGCAGCGCCGGUGCGACCCGUCAUCAGCUACAGCGCUCGGAAGCCGCCGCGGCCGGCCGGCCCGGCGGCGGGCGCCGGCGCGGCGCGGACCGUGCUGGUCGGCCCGGGCCGGACCGUGCUUCUGCCGCCGGGAGGGCUGCAGGCGCUGCGCGAACUCGGCGGCAGGCUGCCCAUUGUGGCCCAGUCGCAGCUGGCAGUGGCGUCCCGAGGCGCCGUCAUCCGUUCCUCGCAACCUCUGAUGGUGCGCUCUGACGCGCUGAUCCGCCGGCCCGGUGCGGAGACUGGCGUAGUGUCGGUGGCCGCUGCUGGGACGGGGCCGGUCACCAAAGCUGCCACGCAGCCGGGCAAGAGUCCGCAGAAUAAGGUGACCAAGCCGAGACCGAGCAAAGCAGGCAAGGUGACCAAAACUGCGCAAGAGAAGGCCGCGGGAAAGUCAGGGAAGUCACCAGCGGCGAGGGCAAAGUCCGCUGCCGCGGCGGCGCAUCUGGAUUCUCCUUCAGACGGGACCGCUGCUCCGCCUACAGGGAAGGGAGCCAAGUCCGCCGCCACGCCGCCGGCCGACAAGGCAGCCGCGGGCGCCGCGCGCGCCACCAAGCCAAAGACAAAGUUCCUCGAGCGGCUGUCCUCUGGCAGUCCCAGCUCGCCGAAGCGCUCUCCGGCCGGAGGGAAGGCGGCGGCGGCGGCGGCGGCGGGUCAGGCGGACCGGCGCGGGCAGUCGGCAGACGACAGUGGCUCAGGGGCGACCGCGCCGGGCCCGCUGGACAUCCCCCUGCCGCCCGCUCAGGGUCCGGACGGCACGCCCGGCCGCCAACAGGCCGCGAAAGGAGACGGCAAGGUGAAGGAUAGCAGGGUGGACGCAAUCAAAGACAAGGAUAUCAACAAACUCAGGAAAUUCAAGACGAUCUCAGACUCGAUCUGGCUGAAGAAGCAGAAGCUGACGAAGCAGCAGAAGGAGGCGCGCCACAUGGUGUGCGACUGCUACCUCUCCCCGGAGGAGAUUGAGCGGGGCGACAUGGGCUGCGGAGAGGACUGCCUCAACCGGCUGCUCAUGAUCGAAUGUGGUACCCGCUGUCCGCUGGGCGACCGGUGCUCCAACAAGCGCUUCACCAGGAAGGAGAUCCACCCGACCAGCGUGUUCAAGACGGAGCUGAAGGGCUACGGUCUGCGCGCCGAUGUGGAUAUGCCCGAGAACGCCUUCAUCUACGAGUACGUCGGAGAGGUGUUGGACUCUGAGGAGUUCAAGCGUCGUACGAAGGAGUACGACCGACUUAAGUAUCACCACUACUACUUCAUGGCGCUCAAGGCGGAUGCCAUCAUCGACGCCACAGAGAAGGGCAACGCGUCGCGCUUCAUCAACCACAGCUGUGAUCCAAACUCCGAGACGCAAAAGUGGACGGUCAAUGGUGAGCUGCGGAUCGGCUUCUUCACCCGGCGGCCGGUCUCGGCGGGGGAGGAGAUCACGUUCGACUACCAGCUCCAGAGGUACGGUAAGGAGGCACAAAAGUGUUUCUGCGGCUCCGACAUCUGCCGCGGCUGGAUCGGAGAGAAGACGGACGAAACCUCCAGCGAGGAGGAAGAGGAGGAAGGGGAGGAGCCGCGCGAGGAGCCGCUCCCGGGCGCCGAGGACGCCCCUCCGUCCUCCGUGCCGGCGGUGGCGGCCGAGGCGGCGGCGGCGCCCGAGCAGCCGGGCGCGGCCGAGAGCCAGCCGGGCCAGCCGCCGGCCGAGCCGCGUCCUCCCAAGGUCACCAAACAGGCCAAACAGCGCCGCGACGCCGAGCGGCGUGAUCUGGAGAUUGAGAUCAACAAGCUGGUGUCGUCGGGUCUGAAGUCGAAGCAGCACACGCUGGAGCUGUCCCGUCUGAUGGUGCGAGCCGAGGGCGAGGCGGAGCGUCUGACGCUGUUGGAACUGAUUCGCACCGCCGACCAGCCCUGCAGACGUCUGUUCCUGGAUUACCACGGGCUGCGGCUGCUGUGGAGUUGGAUGGCCAGCGCCCCGGCGCCGCAGGGGACCAACGACGACGAGGUCUACAGGUUCCGCCGGAAGGUUCUGGAGACGCUCGUCACUCUACCGAUCCCCAACAAGACGUGUCUGACGGACAGUCGCGUGCUGACGGCUGUGGAGCGGUGGGCGGCCGCCGGCCAGCCGGCCACCCCCUGCACUCCUGAUCAGGACGGCACUCCGAGUGACACGGCGUCCGGCUCGGACACUCCUGUUUCCGGGCCGGUGCUGCCGUCCGUGACGGGAGGAGCAGACUGCCCGGAGGCCAGGGAGGUGGCCGAGCUGGCGUCCCGUCUCCUCGAGUCCUGGUCCGGACUACAGGAGGUAUUCCGGAUACCAAAGAAGGAGCGCGUCGAAAUCAUGCGCGAACACGAAAAGGAAGCCGACCGCGGCUACCAGACGUACCUGCAGCAGCAGCCGCGGCCCGGCCUGACCGCCGCCAAGAAGGGCUACGACUGGUCGCCAGAGCGGAGGAAGCGCGCCUGGGACUCGCCGGAGCCGGACGUGCGGGUGAAGAAGUACCGGCCCCUGCUGGACAGCCGUCUGACCAAGGAGGAGCGUCGCCAGCUGUUCAUGCUGGAGGUACAGCGCGAGGAGGAGGAGCGGCGCCAGCGCCAGCAGCAGCAGCAGCUCUGGAGGGGACACGAGAAACGCUGCGCCAUGCUCGGCCUGGAUCCGCACCUGACGCCCAUCUUCGACCCCAGCUACCAGUACUACUGGGAGCCGUCGUCUGGCGCUUGGCAGCCGUACACGCCGGGCGACCCAGCCGUGCCGCUGGUGCCGGCGCCCGGCGUCGACCCGCUCCACGUGGCCGCCCUACCGCAGCAGCUGGCCGUCUACCAGGGUAUGGCCGCCGUGGACCCGGCCCAGGCCGAACAGUACCUGGAACAGGUGGCUCAGCAGCGCACCGUCCAGACGGCCGGACCGCUCCUGCUGCCUGUCGUCCCGGCCGUGCCGCAGACGGACGCGAACGGCCUGCCGGUCAACCGACCCGGACUGCUGGAGCUGCUCCAGGCGCAGCUGCCCGGCAGGUUUCUGGGCGAGGACGGCCGCGAGAUAGCGCUCUCCUCGGUCCCCGAGUCGGACAGCGGCGCCGCCUACCGGCUGGCCAGCUACAACGACCCCAGCCAGCCGAACGUCAGCCUGGGCAACAUCCCGCUACCGGAGCGGUCGGCGCCCGGCCAGCCGCCGCCGCCGCCGCCGCCCCCGCCCGAGCCCGUCAUCACGCUGCCACCGCGGUGGAGGAUAGCCAAGGACGACAACGACCGCAUCUACUUCUACCAUCAGGUGACCCGUCAGACGCAGUGGACGCCGCCGGUCAGCGCCGACUGGAUCCCCCCGCCUGGCGCGGUCACCGUCCAGCAGUCGCUGUGGACGGCCGGCGGCUCCAGUGCUGACUCGUCACCCACUGACGGCGGCAGCUCCAGUGAUAGCUCCAGUGACAGCAGCUCCAGCAGCGAGGAUGAGAGUAAGCCCGGCGAUGAGGAGGACGAGCCCGUGGCCAACGAGCUUCCCGAGGACAUGGCCAAAGAGGAGGAUAUUGACCGGCGGCGGAUGGUCGACCAGCACCGACGGCGGCGCGGCAAACGGCGCGACCGGCUCGUCCAGGAGCGGAUCAUCAGUCCGGUGCCGGAGAUGAGUAAACAGGAGAUGCGCCGGGAGCGACACCGACUGAAACGGGAAGCCAAGGCCGAGGCGCGGAGAGAGCGCCGGCUCGACCCCGAGUCGGCGCCGCGCGGCCCGCGGCCCCGGCGCCGGCGGCCGGCCCCGCCGCCGGUCGACUCGCCCACCGGUGACCCGGAGCCGCCGGACGCCGCCGAGGGAGCCGACCCGGAGCCGGAGCCGGAGCCGGCCGUAGCGGAGCCGCCGGAGCCGCCCGCAGCCGAGGACACUCCGCCGGGCGACACGGAGCAGCCGCCGGACCAGAGCCGCAGGGAGAAGGAGGAGCGGAUACGCCGCUUCAAGGCCAAGGAGGAGGCGCUGCGGAAACACCAGGCCAAGAAACAGGAGGCCAGGGCGCGGAGAAAGCGCAAGGCGGCCGCCGCUGCUGCCGCGGCAGCCGCCGCCAGCUCCUCAAAGAAGCGCAAAAUAGAGGUGAAGCGAGUGUCGAGCUCGGCGGCGGCGUCCGGGUCGUCGUCGUCAGUGGCAGCCUCUUCCUCAUCGUCAUCGUCCUCUUCGAGCCGGAAGGAGAAGCCGACGACGGCAGCGGCGGACACCAGCUCCGAGGUGGCGCGGAAGAUCAAGGAUAAGUUCCUGGCUCAGAUGUCUGGCGUGAUCGUGUCGGCUCUGAACGCCUUCCGCAAGUCGGGCUGCAAGCAGGGCCGCAUCACCUGCAACGAGGACUUCAAGUUCCUGGCCAAAAAGCUUACCCACCACGUCAUGGUGAAGGAGUUGAAGAACGUACAACAGGUGGAGGAACUAUCAGCCAGCGAGAGCGUCAAGCACAAGGCCAAGUACUAUGUGAAGAAGUACAUGGGACGCUUCGGCGAGACGUACUCGAAGGAGUCGCUGCUGAUGGAGGAGGACGCAGCCGAGGCGGCCCACUGACCCCUGUGAUGUGUAGGCGGUGGCCCAGAAGGGUAGGUUGGCUCCGCACGGAGGGCUGUUGGUAAGGCAGGUCGCCGGGAUAGGUGAGAGGAUGAAGUCAUGAUUGGUGUGCCCUGUGACAGUCGGCAGUCGUGUGGUGGAUCUGUUGGCGGCCUGUCAAUGUGUCAGGCGUGACGGAUGUGACGGAAGUCAGGGUGUUUGGCAAGGUCUGGGGAUGUGUGGUAGGUUUGGUCACACAGCUGGCUCUGAGAAGCCACAUGAGCUGGUGUCUGGUUUAGGGCGGCCCGCGGCCUCUUGCCAUCUAAAAUACCAGCUCCGCCAGUCAGCGGCUGUCGAUCAGCUGAUGAUACUUCCUCACAAACGACAAAAGAACGACGCUGGGGCCUGAGAACGCGACCUAGUGGUUUUGUUUCACACUUGAUAGUUCUAUGAUUGUAUGAUAAUACUUUUAUAUCGUGUACAUACCAGUGUAUGCUCGGCGGUGCAUCGCCCACAACUCGGUAGGCCGAUGAACUGGUUUAUGCGUUGCCCCGGCUGUGUGUGUGUACGGGCCGGCGGCGGAGGCUAGUGUCGUUACCUCUCCCCGAGUCCCGUGCCGUGCCGUGCCGUGCCGUGCCGUGUCCUGUAGUCCGUGACUGUCGGUUUGUGACUGCAGUGCCAACAGUCAGUCGGUCAGAGGCUGCGGCAGUGGCAGCGGACGGCGCGCGCGUGUGAGACCCACUCAAAUGUGUCGGUGCUGUGGAAUUGAUCCAAUCAAGUGCCGCUCGACCAGUACAAUAAACACAUAGACACCUG